AUGGAAGUUUUUAUACAGACAAACUCAUUGGAAUUCUUUUCAUUGGUAGCCGAUUUCAAAAUGAUUUGCGACGAUGCAAAUAAAGUGACUUCUCUGACAAUGAUGAUGGAGUACACAAACAACAAGUAUCGCGUAGUGAUGGCGUCCGCAUUUCAGUGGCCAUUUGCUUAUAUGACAAUAGCGCUGAUCGCUUUUCUCACGAAGGGAUGGCAGAAUUUCUUCGUAUUUCUCAAUCUGGUCUCAUCACCACUUGCCAUAGGUUUCAUGCUGUUUUUGGAGUCACCACGAUGGCUGAUCGCUACCAACAAGUUGGACAAGGCGUGCGAAGUUUUGAAUGACAUUGCACAUCAGCGUUGGAAUAACACCAAGGCGCAUUUCAACACUUCAGACAUCUCAUCGAUUCACAAAAACGAGAAGAAACGCUUCUAUACAUUUUACCAUCUUUUCAGGUAA